GAAGAAUUAGGUAACUAGUCAUGUUUGGUUAAGGAAGAUAAACAUUUUAAUAAAUUUAAAUGGAUUAUUUUAUUUAUUUGUUAUUUCUUUACUUGUUAAGUCGUGAUUAAGCGACUGGUGAUGGAUUCGUCUGACUGGGAAUUAAUUAAAAAACUGGAAUAUUAUCCCGAGUUUCUCUACCAAUGCGUAGGAGUAUUAGUUGGAAAACGCAAAUUUAUCGACUCGGAGGGAGCCAGCGAAUGGACUAGCGAAGAUAAGAUAAAAAUUCAAAAAGUUGUUGCAAAACUAUUCUGCAACAGUGCUUUAAGUAACAGUAUAGUGGUCGCAGAAGAUGUGCCGCCCACUUUAAAAUCUUCAUUGGAAAAUUGCCUUUUGCUGUACAAAAAAGAUAUUUUAAAAACUUUAUUUAUUGAAAACGUCACCCAGAAAACCCCUUUGGUGACAAAUUUUGACUGGAAAUUGAAAUGGGUGCUGGGCACAUCCAAACUUGCUACCAUAAAAGAGCCCAUCCUGCAAUUGGAUUUCCACUGCGUUAGCAACUUAAAAACUGGCCCGAUUCAGGAAACCAUAAAUUUUGAAGCGAAUUUGGAACAAGUAGAUCUUAUAAUAACUUGCCUUACUACUGCGAAGAGGCAACUAGAAGGUGAUUUGUAAAUAUGUAUUGUAUAGAGCUAUGCAGGGUGUUUCAAAACAAAUUCGAAAAACUGGAAGGGGUGAUUCCUUGUUUAAUAUGAAGGGCGGUUUGUUAUAUAAAUAUUUGGGGGAUAUCGCGCGAUAAAUAUGGAAAAGCUUGUGGAAGUUUCUUCGUAUUAGGACUCUUAUCAUUGAACAAUUUGACUUGAUUAGACAAUAAAUUUUUGAUUAAAUUUCAUGUUGAAACUGAGCAAUGUCAAAUAAAACAAUUUUUUUCAUCUUGUUGUGGGUUGAUUUAAAUUUAUUUUUUUAUUUGGAAAUGCAAGUAUUUUGAAAUUUCAAAAAAUAAGGUUUCUAAAUAAAAAAAAAUGUCAUAGUUUUUCCUUAAAUUGUCCCCUCCACUCAUCUAUAAAAAAAAUGUGUGUCCUAAUAGUAGUACUAUUUUUUCGUAUGUAAAGUAAAAAAUUAUUUUUUUUUUAGCAUUAAGUUAUCUUUUGUGGUAACUAUUAUUUUAAACAAGGAAUCGCCCCCUUAAGUUUUUCGCAUUUGUUUUAAAAUACCCUGUAUAUAUUUUCGCAAUAAAAGAAUGAGUCAAGCGCGGUCAUAUAUUAAAUAA